UCUUCCUACAAACUGGUCAUCUUUCUCUGGUUAUACCGUCAUUUUCUUUCCACAAGUGUUCCAUAUACAUCGUCAUGCUUCUAAAAGUAGCACCAGCUUUCGCCUUGUUGAAUAGCCAUGGGGAAAAUCUAAGUCCCAUGUUAUCAACUUCUUCAUAUGUAUCUUUUCUGAAGAAUUUUUCUACAAAGAGUAGAAAUGGAUUAUUAGUGGUUUGUGCUUCAAAGGGUUCGAACAGCAGCAAGCCUUUAACAGGAAUCGUAUUUGAGCCUUUUGAAGAGGUGAAAAAAGAGCUUAUGCUUGUACCUACUGUUCCUCAAGCUUCUCUUGCUAGGCAAAAAUACUCUGAUCAAUGUGAAGCUGCUCUUAAUGAACAGAUCAAUGUGGAAUACAAUGUUUCAUAUGUUUACCAUGCGAUGUAUGCCUAUUUCGAUAGAGACAAUGUUGCUCUCAGGGGUCUGGCCAGGUUUUUCAAAGAAUCAAGUGAAGAGGAAAGAGACCAUGCUGAGAAAUUUAUGGAGUAUCAGAACAAGCGUGGUGGUAAAGUGAAGCUGCAGUCGAUUUUGAUGCCACUAUCUGAGUUUGAUCAUGCUGAGAAGGGUGAUGCGUUAUAUGCGAUGGAGCUUGCACUUUCUUUGGAGAAGUUGACAAAUCAAAAGCUUUUAAACUUGCACGCUGUAGCCACACGAAACAAUGAUGUGCAGUUGGCUGAUUUUGUUGAAAGCGAGUACUUACGAGAACAGGUGGAAGCAAUCAAGAUGAUCUCGGAAUAUGUGGCUCAGCUGAGAAGAGUGGGCAAAGGACAUGGUGUCUGGCACUUUGAUCAAAUGCUCCUGCAAGAGGAGGAAGUUUUUGCAUGAUGGAGAAGAUAGUCUUACUCCAACUUUCCAUGUGUGCUCUGCCCUUUUGGAGGAUGUUGUUUUGGGUAUAUGUUUGUAUUAGCGUUGUCUAUGAUAUAUGGAGUGUCUUAGUAGCAGAAAAUCCUGGAGUUGUGUACAUAUUGACCAAAUAGAUUUACUUAUCUGUGCUACUAUUACUCUUUUUAGUACUUGCUGGCAUUUGAAUCAGUUUAAUCUUUCUAUCAUGAUUGCUAGUUGUAGCUUGAAAUCAAAGGUGUACCAGAGACGUUAAGUGUAAAGAGAAAUUAUCAGUUUUGUUUCUUGAAGGAUGUUGGUUCAGUUGGAAUAAUAAAUGAUUGUAUUUGAGGAGA